GAGUAUGUGGAGGAACGAGGUGCACGAGAAACGGAGCCUCAUGGAGCGUUGGCGACUGGGAUUGAGCAAGGCCCACAAAGACUCCACAUCCACCAUGUCAAGCCUCGAGUCCCAUCCUCAGCGUCUCCUCCAGGACUCCUCCCAAAACAAAGGGCAAAUGCGAAGGUCUCCGGCUCUACGUUUGAAUAGCAAACCUUCCCAAGAGUCGCCCUUAGCAGCCUCAACGCCAUCAGAGGCUGGCAAGAAACGACGCUUCUCCACCAUGCUUCGAAAAGCAUACGGAAGCACCCUGGACAUCUCAGGAUCCCAGGAGUCCGACAAGAAACAGGUCAAGGUGGUCUCAACUGAGUCACAGACCGGAGACGACCUCCUUCUAUCGUAUGUACCCAGUAUACGCCGCCGCCUUCAGAAGACUCCAUGUAUCGAGUCCGAAACCGACUUGUUCUCUCAUCCGAAAAAAUCCCCGCCUCGUGAUUGGUCUGAAACAGACCGAAAUUCGUCUCAGGAUUGGUCGACGGAGAAGCCGCUCCCCGAUUCCUCGAUCGCGGACCAAUCAGAGGCGAGUAAGCGCUCCUCGUCUCACAUCGUGGAGGAGACGGCCAGUGAACACAGCGAGGAUGAACUGAGCAGCGGAAGUGAAAUCCGGCACAUCAUCAUCAACCUGGGAAAGAAGGACACGGGGUCUGAGGGGAGACCCAGUGCUGACAGUUCCGAGCUCAGUCUCAUUGAACUCCAAGAAUUUGUCAAGAAUCAGGGACUAGAAAUUGAUGUCAUUUCGAAAUCUGAUGGAAUCCCCUCUAAACCUCCCACAGAAGAGAAGGUCAAGCUUGACUACACAAAAGACUUAGAAGCAGCAGAAGACAAGAGUGAAGAUAGUGAUUGUGAGUCAGACAAGGAUUAUUCAAAGCAAAUUGAGGCCAAUCAAGGCACCAUGGCAGUACGCAAGUGGAUGUAUCACCCUGGGAGGAACCGCUUCUACUGUGAUGGCCGCAUCAUGAUGGCUGAUCAGAUUGGUGUCUUCUUGUUCACCUUCCUCCUCUUCUUCAUCUGCAGUGUUCUCUUCUUUGCCUUUGAUGCACCAUACCUGGCAGUGAAUGUGAGCCCAGCCCUCCCUGCAGUGGCAGCCCUCCUCUUCCUGUUUGUUUUGUUCACCCUGCUCAAGACAAGUUUUUCUGAUCCAGGUGUUAUUCCCCGAGCUACAGUUGAUGAAGCAAGAGACAUCGAGAGACAAAUUGAAACAGUGAACUCAGGCUCAACAACAAUGUAUCGUCCACCUCCAAGGACAAAGGAGAUAAUUGUGAACAAGGUGCCUGUGAAGCUGAAGUACUGCUUCACAUGCAAAAUAUUCCGACCCCCACGGGCCUCCCACUGCAGUAUCUGUGAUAAUUGUGUUGAACGGUUUGACCACCACUGCCCAUGGGUGGGCAACUGUGUUGGGAAGAGGAAUUACCGGUACUUCUAUUUCUUCAUCCUCUCCCUUGGCUUCUACUGUGUAUACGUGUUUGCCUGCAUCAUUGCUCAUCUUGCCAUGUUAAUUUAUAGCAACAAUAAUGAGUUCCUGGAGGCAUUGAAGCAGAGCCCGCCAAGUGUUAUAGUGGCAUUCAUCUGCUUCUUCAGCGUCUGGUCUGUUCUUGGCCUUGCUGGCUUUCAUACGUAUCUUACCUUCACCAAUCAGACCACCAAUGAAGACAUCAAGGGUUCAUUCACAAUGGCAAAGCGAGGCCAUCAGCCAGUGAACCCAUAUACACAGAAGAACAUGUGCCUCAACUGCAUGGAGGUCCUGUGUGGGCCAUUCCAUCCAUCAUUGCUUGACCCCAGGGGUGUUGUGGACCAGGACUUCCUUGACAACUACCGACGGGAUCGAGAAGCCAGUGGUGGUGGGGCGGGGGGUGGCCGGUCCUAUGGUGCUGUUUAUACAUCCCAAUCCCAGCUCUCCUCUAAUGGAACCCCAGGGCUUUUCGAAGCAGGGACACCUGGUGUUCACACCCAACCAGACCCACAGCCAAAUUUUCAAGUGGUGGCAGAUGCAACAGGAGGGAAGUCAGAACAGCCUAAGGGUUUAUCGAAGGAUGGCGGUGGGGCAAAGCGCCCAACAUCUACUGACAAGGGCCACCAUCAGAAAGGAAAGAAGAUAAGUCGGCUGAGUAGCCCAAAUGCCCCCACAGGGAGUAGGGGUCUGAGUGUGAUGGUGACUGACCCAAGCAGCACAUCAGUGGUGAACCCAGGGAACCCAGUGGAGGCAUCCUUGGGGUGGCUGAGUGGUUCAGCACACCCACUGCUUGCUGAAUCACAUUCUGAAAGCGUCCUCGACAGCUUGGACUUGGACUCAAUCGAUGGAUCAACGAGCCAGGCCAGCCAGUGCCACUCCAAUGGGAGUCAAGCUGCUCUCCUCCAACAACAGCAACAGCAACUGCGGAACAGCGCUGUCUGAUAUGUUGUUGCCUUUCCACCACCCUGCAGAAAAUAACAUGUGAUACAUAGUUUCAUGCAAACCAACAUGUUUCUUCUUGUGGAAACUCAGGAUUGGCUCUGCAUCUAUCCUGUAGCAGAGAUCUUAUGCAAAAAGAAGUAAUAGAACCUUCAGAUUGUGGUAUGCUUUUCUGUGCAAAGCCAGGGAUGAAUUCUCUGUGAAUUUACUAACUGUUGUUUUGCUAGAGAUGAUUGACCAUCUGGCAAUGAUCUCAUGCCUCAGUUGGAAUGACAACAGCUAGGAAAGGCCAAAAUAUCCUUUCUAGGGUGUUCCAUGUUUGAAUUCCAGAAUUUGACAUUUACUAUAGACUAAAUUGGCUGCAGUCACUCAUGGUACAUUGGUGCCCAUAGCACGAUCCUCUUCAUUGGUGAGUGAACUUGGCUGAUUCAUCACAGUCUUUCUUUAUAUGAUUUUGAAAGUUUCCCAGAUUAUGCCUAAUGCAUUCCGCUGCAUAAGUCUGCAGUUAUGAUAGUGUUUCCUGAUUGUUUCACUUUGACAGAAUUUAUUCAUCUUUUUCUUCCAAAAUGUCUAGUAUUUUCACAUCCUGAAUCCGUCACAUUUAGAAGACGUCAGCCACCUAUUUCCACUUUGAAUUUGAAUGCCAGUAAGUUGGCUGUUAAUGUGAGAUUGUCUUGUUCUGUUCUCAAUUUCAAGAAAGAAAUCAGAGAUUGUGAUGCUAUCCUUAUUUUGGUUGCUUGAUAAGAGUUCAACCAACUAAUUGUGUCAUAUUCAUCCUCUGCAUUUGGAGAGUUUUUUAAUUCGAAUGGAAAGCUUAUAAGAAGAGCGGUCCUCUUGUUAGGAAUUGAGUCUUCUUGGCGUGUGUGACAGUUGACAGCUGGUGAUUUAUUCUAUGCUCAUCUUCAGUCAUUUUAUUUUCUCUCUUCAUAAUGAAUUGUGUAUCUCCUUUU